AUGGCGCCUGUAGCCGAACCAAAGAAAGAGAAAGAAACUUCCGACAAGAAAGAGGACACGAAAUCCAAAGAUGGAACCAAGAAAGAAGAAGAGCCCGAGUUGGUAAGCACAUUUCAUUAGCUUUUUACAAACGUCUUUUGGGGUUUCGCUGAAAAAUACGACAAAGCCUUAACUUUUGACAAUGACUCAUCAUGACCAAGUUUUCCUCGCAGAGCACAACGUCAAUUUUCUUUUUCAGUUAUAAAAGAAAGGUUUCCUUUUUCAUUCUUUCAGAGCGAAGAGGAUAGACAGCUUCAAGAGGAGUUAACAAUGCUGGUCGAAAGGUUGUCGGUAGGUAUUUUACGAAGAUACUUUGUGAGACGUCCCUUUUGGCAAAUUCGGUACAGUAUGUGGCCCUCGGUCCGCCGUGUCCAGGUUAGGCUUUUGUACAUUAUGCUAGCAUUUUUUCGAGCAUUUUAGUGAGGCAAAAGCAUUGAGCAUUAUGCGACCAUUUUAGUGGCAUUUUCCCCGGAAAAUUAAUUUUUCCGAGAAAAUAAAAUAGAAAUUAACUUUUUUCGAAGACUAAAACUCAAAAUUACAAGAAACCUAAUACAGCUGUUUUUUUGGCUGUAUUUAUGAACUUGUAGAGGUUGUCGUUUUUACUUGCAACACUUGCACGUUUUUGUAAGUGUAAACUUUGAAAUUAAUUUAAAAAACCGUUUGUAUAAUGAGCAUUAACUGAGCAUUUUAGUGACUUUUUUGGGAAGACCGAGCAUUUUAGUAGGAAAAAUGGAGCAUUAAGGUGGAGCAUUUUAGUAGGGAAGCAAAAGCAUAAUGUACAAAAGCCUAGUCCAGGUUGGUCCACGACUUUUCCGAAAAUGACAAAAUAUUUCGUAGAGAAAAAAAUGCGGAGAAAAAUGAAAGAUCCUGUGAUUUUCUGAUUAGCAAUCCUUUCAUGUGACGAAGUUUCGGCUUUCUUGCUGUGCACGAAGGCGAAAAUUAUAGUUUGUUGAUAGGUACAGUCGAACCUGUAUUAAGCGGCAUGGUAAUAAGCGGUCAUCCUCUAUCAAGAGGUUAGUUUUCAAAGUCCCGAAACUUACUUCCCUUGAUGUACUGUAAUUUCGAGCUCUAUUUAGUGGUCACCUUUUUUAAGAGGCUGUCCGCGUAAGAACCGAUAAGGCAAAUUUCGGUCUAUCACGGAUUGCCCUGAUUUUUUCAGUGGAAGAUAACUAUCCUAUCACAUGAAGAAAUAUCACAUUUAUUUGGACCAACUCAAUUUUUUCUCUAUUUUACAGGAAGAUUUUCUCGGUCACCUAAAACUAGCCAGUUUGCCGUCGGAAGUGGUGCGAUAUUGCUGAAACUUUAGGGCUCUGUCAAACCUACCUUACAUGGCCGAAUAAGCUGAUUAUUUUACACACAAAAGUUUUAACUCUGAUCAAUAGUUUCAAGGUUUAAUGGUUGCAUUCUGUGGAAAGUUGGCUGGGAUAUGUUUUUUUUAAAAUGACCUUUAACUUGCUCAGGAGGAAAAGUAAUUUGCAUAACUAGAGCUGAACGGUAAUUUCGCAAAAGUGGCACCUGACCCAGACUCAAGUCUAUGAUAAAUCAGAAGUACUAAGACCAGUCUACUUCUUAAUGCAAUAAAAUUUGUGGGCACUCUUCUUUGCGUGCCGUGCAAAGUUCCGUUAAUGUUCCAAAAUUCGCCAUUUUGAUAGCAAAGCUGGAAUUGUAACGGGUCCGCAUCUGAUCGACUAAUUUCCACAGCUUUAACGUUUCUAGAUAUCACUAAAUGUCAUUAGACCCUUUAAAUGUUGGACGUUUGAAAACAUGUGGAGAAAACUUAGUAAUCGCUUUUCCUUGGGUCUUUUUCUUGUCGACGAUGAACGUGACUUCGUUCUCCGUAUGCAAAUUAGCCGUGAUGCGUUGUUUCAACAAAUUGACAGGAAAUAUAAUCCUUGCAUUUCACAUUUCUAAGGGGAAAAAUAACUCUCCUUUCCACAGAAAAACACAAACCAUGACUUAGAAUCCCCUAAGGUCUGCUUUUUUUUAACGAGGAAGAAGCAGCUGAAUAAUAUAUCAUGAUAUAUGUUUGCGUGGCUUAAAAUAAUUCAAUUACUGUGGUCUGUCAUGCAUUCCUAAAGAGGGGUGGUCGAUUAGAAAACAAUAGCGUUGUGUCCAUCAAUUCUAUAAUAUUAUCAUCUUUUUUUAAAUGAUAGUUAUUGAUAAUAAUAAAAAAUAAGAGUUCACUUGCAAGGUAAGUCCUCUUGUCAGCACACGAAAAUUUUUGGGCACUCCUUUUUGCGUGCUUAAAAAAUAGCGUUAACGUUGAAAGUUUUAUUAUGAUAUUUGCUUAUCAGGAGAAGGCAGAUCUUUGUACAUGGCACUAAGAUAAAAAAAAUGCCCCACACGUUUUCUAUCUUAAAUUAGCAGUAAAUUUCAGUUUCAUUCAAAGAUCUUUAAAACGUUUAUCGGCAGCAGAAUGAAACGGGAAAAAUAGUUCCUUUUUUCAGUGAAUAAACGCAGAAGGGAGUAUCUUUUUAGUUUUUGUUAGGGUAUAACAUCCGAAUUCCAACCAUGAUCUUGUUUUGGUUUCAAUGUGAUUGAAUUAUAAUGCAACAGGUUCCAGUUUCAAAUAUAAUUAUGUCAAUGAAAUCGCGAAAGAGAUCAAUUGUGAAAAAUGGCUUUUUCGGCCAUUUCAUCAAGCAGUUCUUCCGCGAGAUCGUAGACAGAGCGAGGUCCCAGUAGGGGUGUGGAGGAAUAUCAUUUAUGCACUCUGUGACCAACACAUAUUACGUCGCACUUAGCCAGCUGUCACUUGUCUAAGUGUAGCAAGUGUAGCAAAGACAAUGAAAAUGAGCUCAUUUUAGUGAGAGUACGUGUUCGAGGCUUGGUGGGUAUUCGAACUGAAAUGUCAAUCUGCCCAAGGCACAGACACUAAAUAGACCCGCCUCCCCUCAGGCUAACACUAAAAUGACAAUCUGCCCAAGGCACCGAACACCUACUUGGCAGGUUUUUGCGAGCGCCAAGGUCUUGUUAGGCUCGAUUGUAAGCCGCUGUUCUGGAAAAUGAGCCCCCAACGGACGGGAGACGGCGGAAAUCGAGCCUAAGGUCUUGUCAAUAACCCGGUCACACUCUGGAUCAUACUGGCAAAAUAACUUCUGUGGCAGGAAGACAUGUCGUAAAUUUGCAGAUAGCCAGCGAAAUAAGUCAAAGUUUUGUUCCAUCGGCGUAAGUAUCAUUCUUUUUUUUCUUCGUGCAAAAAAAAAAGUCUCUUAACGCACAGAGAUAUUCUGAUUUCUCUAUUUCACAUUUCAUCUUGCGAUGUUUUCUGAAGUUCGUUUCCAGUUUAUUUGAGCUUGCAAAGAUAGUUUUUAUUUCUAUUUUUUUGACAGCAGUGUAUCUUGCCCUAAUCAAUUCUUACCUUUAAAAUGCUAUACAUACCGGUUAAUCCGUGUGUUGUAAAAGAUAGUUUUCUGAUGAUUGUUUGAAGAGCAUUAUAAAUGGAAAAAAAAGAACUUUCUACACGGAGUCAGGAUCCAACCUCGUCCCCAUGGCUUUCCCGCCCAUGCCAUUUUCUAAGAAGAAUGUCCUGGGGACGAGGCUAGGAGUGAUUGUGGUCGACGUGUCGUAUAGCCGAUUUUCUCCUCCUGUCGCAAGAAACUUGAAAAAUCUUGACGCUUGGGUCGAGAAGAGUACGAUUGAACAGUCAGCAACCAUGUCCACACAUUUGCCGGAGAGGAUUAUUGGACAAGAUUUCUCUGUUUUUUGUUUUGAUAUCGUUUUCAUUAAGUCUUCAAAAAUGCCUCCAGAUUGCUGUUUUUUUUUUUUUUGUUUUUUUUUUUUUUGUAUUUAUACCCUCUUGACCAAUGUGCUCCAUCUCAUCUCUCCAUUUUUAACCUACCUUACCAUCCACCCUCUCUCCCCACUGUUCCACCUCUACUUUUACAAGCAUUUGUACUUAAGGGGUGAAAUUUCUCCCGUGUAUAUUAAUUUCUGAAAAAUUAAGUCCUUCUACUUUUUCCUUAAAUUCUUAAACUUAGUUCAUUUUUCUUUAAGAACCGCCAAAGAUGCUGCUAAGGCUGCAAUAAAGCGCACUCGCCCUUUCAUAUACUUCAUCUAGUGAAAUGCCCACCUUUCUUAUACCUGAAUCCUGAAAAGAUACUCCUUUGGGGCGGAACCUCCCGUAUAAGCCAUCAUAGGGAGUUCCCCCACCCCUGUUCCAAUUCCGUGCUCACCUAUUGCCAGCCCAUGUUGGACUCUAGGCCCGUUUGAGUCAACACGUAAACAUAGUCCUAGGUGUAUACAAGUUGAACUUGACCAUAGAGAUCUGUUGCAAGAAGACAAGGAGUUCGAAAGGCAAAAGCUUAUUGCCGAAAUCACUGAAGAAUUGAGACCACAACACCCUCAACCAGAAGCUUUCAACCUAUGUGUAUGUCAAAGGAAGAACAACCUAGUCAGUUCAACGUGGUAAUGCUAAAAAAAUCUUGUGUCACUUUAAAAUACCAUUCAAAUCCAGGGAAAGAAAGGGAGACCUAAUUGACAAACUUUCGCCUUUUCAUACAAGAUUGCAAGUGCUUUUCUCCAUCAGCUCAGGAGUGAACAUAGGGAUCCUUAAUUUAGUGUGAUUAACAGCCGGCAAAAACUUUUGGGAUUUAACAGGAGACGGACAGUCAAUUUUCUGCAUGCCAUUCCUCAUUUUUACUGAAAUGUUGUUAAUUGGCGAUAAACACAAUGCUCUGUUAAUACCACCCUAAGGUUUGUAGGGUAGCCUAUAGUUAGCUAGGGAUUUAGGAAAUCUGUAUGCUGCUUUAAGGACUUUGCAGGCGUGGUCCUGUGGUGUCGCACGGUAUUUCUGAAGUUGUUUUGCAGCUAUUUCCAAAUAUUAAUAGUUAAUUCUGUAAUUGAAAAUAUUGUGCUAGUGCUCGUGAAUGAGAGUGGCCGUGUCCAAGUGACUACUUUGUAGCUAAUUGUCGGUAUUACACCAUGGGCUGUCAUAUUAAACCCCAUCCUCACGGUGGCGCCCGGGGAUACUGACUCAGUUAAAACGGUCGUAGAAUGAAUAAAUACAACAGCACGGUAUUUCCCACCCAGUAAAGAAUCGAAUUAACAUUGAUUAAAUUGUAUGAUUAUCAAUAACUAUCACUUCAAAAAAAUAUAAUCAGAUAAAAGAACUGAUCGAUACACGGCCACUCUCGGGAAUGCGUGACGGGCCACAGCAAUUAAAUUAUUUUAAUUCACGUAAACAUGUCUUCUUCUACUGCUUCGUCCUCGUAAAAGAAACAGACCUAAGGGGAUUCUAAGUCAUAUAUCGCUCGUGUUUUUCCGUGGAAAGAAGAGAUAUUUUUCCCUUAAAAAUGUGAAAUAUAAGCAGUUAUGUUUCCUGUCAAUUUGUUGAAACGACAUCUAAGGCUAAUUUGCAUACGGAGAAUGAAAUCGCGUUCUGAUCGUCGACAAGGAAAAAAAAAAAUCAAGAAAAAGCAAUUACCAAGUUUUCUCCUCAUGUUUUCAAAAGUCCAACAUUUAAAGGGUCUAAUGACAUUCGGUGAUAACUAGAAACGUUAAAACUGUGGAAAUUAGUCGAUCAAAUGGGGACCGUUACAAUUCCAGCUUUGCUGUCAAAAUGGCGAAUUUUGUAACAUUAACGGAACUUUGUACAGCGCGCAGAGAGAAGAGUGCCCACAAAUUUUAUUGCAUUAAGAAGUAGACUGGUCUUAGUACUUCUGAUUUAUCAUAGACUUGAGUCUGGGUCAGGUGCCACUUUUGCGAAAUUACCGCUCAGCUCUAGUUAUGCAAAUUACUUUUCCUGCUGAGCAAAUUAAAGGUCAUUUUAAAAAAAUCAUAUCUCAGCCAACCUUCCACAGAAUGCUACCAUUAAACUUUGACACUGUUAAUCAGAGUUAAAACUUUUGUGUGUAAAAUAAUCAGCUUAUUCGGCUAUGUAAGGUAGGUUUGACAGAGCCCUAAAGUUUCAGCAAUAUCGCACCACUUCUGACGUUAAACGGGCCAGUUUUUGGUGACCGAGGAAAUCUUCCUGUAAUAUAGAGAAAAAAUCGAGUUGGUCCAAACAAAUAUGAUAUUUCUUCAUUUUAUAGGAUAGUUAUCUUCCACUGAAAAAAUCAGGACAAUCUGUGAUACACCGAAAUUUGCCUUAUCGGUUCUUACGCGGACAGCCUCUUAAGCGGUUGCGGUCACCAUUUGCGAAGUCCCAACGGGACUUUUUCUGAUCUGUUGUCUUGACCUGUAUUAAACGGUCACACGGUGUCAAUUAUUUGUUCAUACAGUUUCAAAUAAUGUAACAUGCGAGAGAUCUAAUUCUUUGAACUGAAUUUCUUGCAACCUGUAUUAGGCAGUCACCCUGUAUAAGCAGUCACUUAGCCACUCCCUGAGAAUAACCGCUUAAUACAGGUUCCACUGUAGGUUAAUUUGUCUUUCUUGAAGUUUGGACUUAUGCAGCGCCGAAAAUUACAUGGUCAUGUUUACUUAGCUUGUGAAUAAAUAAAAUGCAACAGAAAGAUGUGCCUUUUUGCAGAACAGGUUUUCAGAUCAACCUAUUUUUGCUGUUGGAAGCAUAUUGCUGCAGACUGUGAGAAUUUUUGUUUUAUCGACUCUCGAAAAAAAUCACCAAAUGUUGCUUCGUGGUCCUUGGUCCUCGACCCAUGACCUUGGUUGAAUAAAAAAUAAAAAGAGCAGCCCUUGUUUUCAAAAAAUGUUUUGAAAAUCUUUCCUAUACAUGUCUACAAGUUCUCUUUUUUUAAUACCUCAAAUACAUAUGCAUACAGAGUUUGAAGUAAUUAUUUUUGACAGUGCUGAAAACCACUUGUGUGGGAGACUCCAGGGAGACUGUUGCCUGAAGUCUUUGAAAGAAAAGCAGAUUAUUUUAUACUCAAAACAUCUUCAAAAAAAACUAUAGCUUUAUUGCACCAAGAAUGGAAAAAAUAUAUAAUAUGUUGUGAAAAUCACAUUUUCAUUUUUGUGCUGUUUACCACACAUUUGUGGAUUAUCAUUCGGCAGUUCACAAUAAAAGUACCCGUUAAAACAGCCAAACAAUCAAUAAGUGCUGCUCUUGAUUAAGCAAUGCCUCUUUCUUUAUUAGAGGAAACAGCUUCACAAUCUUCAUAAAAUUAAUGUGGUUCCUAGAUUACAGUUGUAGAAUGAUCACUGCCAUAUUAUUUGACAGAUAGCAGAGUAGCAUUUCAAAUUUUAUAGCAGGUCAUAGUAAGACAUUGAUAGUCUAGGAGAAACAAACUAGAGCAUUCCCACAUUUCUUAAUAAAAUGAUAUUAUUAUUCAACAGGAAUCCAAUGUAUCGUUACACAAACCGGCACUGGAAGCCCUUAGAUCACAAAUCAGAGCAAGCACAAGCUCAAUGACGUCAGUUCCUAAACCACUGAAAUAUCUCAGACCACAUUUUGCUACACUGAAAGAGAUUUAUGUCGAGUGGGGUGAUGGUGAAAAUAAGGUACAUUGUAACUGUGAUCUUUAGUUUUUUUAUUUAAGGAAAUGGCAGGAAUGGGACUCAUAUGUCUAACGCGAGUUGCCAUCCCCACCCUAUCCCACAACCUGUAAAGGUUGGCCACACCACUGGGUUUUGUCUCCUACUAGCGUUGUCACAAAUUUCUUCUUUUGUUUUGUAAGCUGUCUUUUUUAAGGCAAGUAAUUUUUAAAGCACAGUGUGUAACAAUCAGAAUUUUUUUGUUGGCAGCAUUACAGUAUACUGAAAUUAAAAUAUAGUCAUUCUAUUUUACAGCACAAUGAGGGCUAAAAGAAAUAUGCAUUUUUAAACAACAGCCAUAUUAACUGCCACAGAAAUUACACAAACAGGAUAUUUAUACAAAUACAUGUACUCACGUGUUCAGAUUGAUCGAUUGAUCGAUUGAUCGAUUGAUCUUUGUGUCCUACGGCAUGUAUGCCAUGAAUUAUUUUGCGUCUUUGGGGAUUUUUAUGUGUCAGGGACACAGGACGUAGAGGUAACAACAUCACUGUUGCUAUAAAUACCAGUUGCCAAGGGUAAAUAACAGAAAUUAUUUUAUAUAAAUAAGACAGAGUGCUUAAUGUAUAGCUUCUCCUUCAUGAAUGGGCUCUUUGCACAAUGUGGUCACAUUAUACGAAAGACACCUUGCUGGAUGGCGAACGAUGUGGUAUGACCAUGACAAGAAAAGAUAUUAGCUUUUUGAUUGAUGUAAUCUUUUUGUUUUUCUUGCUCUUUUGCAUUGUUUGCCAUCCAACAAGGUGUUAUUUUGUACCAUGUAACUGUUUUGUGUAAUGGUCCCAUUAUGUGGUGGUUCAGUUUGUCUUUUUUUUAUUAUUCCUUUUUUUUCUUUGUAUUGGGGUAAAGUAAUGUGUUUGGCGAUUCAUUUGAGUGCAAUAAUGCUGAGUGUAUAGCUACUCCUACUUGUAUGCAGAGAAAAAAGGGACAAAGGUAGCUGUUUUUUCUGUAUUGUAGCGAUUCCUGGCUGACAUCAUCUCAGUUCUUGGAAUGACGAUUAGUGAAGGUCGUGAAUGUCUGAAAUUCAGGAUGCUUGGGUCCAAAGAAGAACUAGAAUCAUGGGGACAUGAAUAUGUCAGGUCAGGGUUAAAACUACAAUGUACUGUAUUAUAGUGCUUCAACCCUCUAAGCUCUCCUAUUCACAAAAAAUUCUUAAGACUGAUCUCUUACACAUUCCUUAAAGAAUUAGUGGAGUGAAUUUGAUAAAAGAUCAAAGUAUAUCCCCUAGGUGAUCAUUUGCUUCUCACGGGAGUGUGUUAGUUAAAGCUGCAUUAACUAAAGUAUAGACUGGAUGUAAGUACAUUGUACACGACUGUACACCUUACUAUCUCUGGUGAUCUACUGCUGUACAGUAUACAUGUAACAUUUUCCAUUUUUUAUUGAAGCCUUACAGAAUAAUAACAAAAAGCAGUCAGCUAGUCCAGACUGCACCAAGAAAAAGGAAAAAAAAAUUACUGGACAUAUCUAAAGCAAGCCCAGUCAUAAAUUCUGUUUCUGUCCAAAAUUUAAUGAACACUGUUAGUUCCAUGUAUUAACCAAGUAUAAUCCAAGGUGUGUUACAUGUUUCAGUAAAGCUUGUUUUCCCAUUUUGAGCCCAAACUUUGCAUCUUCUCUCAAAGGCGGGCUUUUCCUUUUAAUAUUCCCUUCUGUUUGAUCUAACACGAGCCUGAGGAGCAUACAUGUAUUAUUGAGUGUACGCCAAGUUGUAAUUCUGUUUUGCCGAGAAAACAAGAGCUUUGGGUAUCCUCAUAAAUUAUACCCAGGAGAAGGCAGUCUGGUCAGGAAAACUGGUGGAGAGAAAAUGUUUUAAAAACAGCAUAAAGAGCCUAGCCAUCUUUUAAAAAUUUUCAUUGUACUGUUCCUCCCAAUAUGAUUGACUGCCCCAGGGUCUCUAAGGAUGGGCUUUAGGAAGCUUUGCAAAGGAUUUGAAUAGAGAAUUUGUUUUCCUGAUAUUAAUAUUGUCACAUCAAAUUUUAACCAUAUAAAUUAUGACUUGAAUUCCCUCUCAGUACCACAGAUAAAUCUCUGAUGGGCUUGUUUUUAAUUUCCCCUUUUUGAACCACAAAAAAUUAGGAGGUCAGGCAUUUGUUUUGGAACUAUCAUUUUAUUUCGUCAAAUCCACAGACACUUGGCCGAGGAGAUCCGUGGAGAGUAUAGUGAAAGAAUGGAUAAGGGGGAAACAGUAGAAGACCUGGUUAAUCUUGCUAAAGAAAUAAUACCAUACAACAUGCAGCACAAUGCAGAGACUGAGGCAUGUGACUUGCUGAUGGAGAUUGAACGUCUGGAUUUACUUGAACAAUAUGUUGACAAAAGAAGCUUUCAGCGAGUAUGUCUCUAUCUCACAAGGUCAGUUUCCUUUUUAUCUUCUUAAUUCGUAGUUGUAUUAUUGUCACCAGACAUUGAAUUUUCACAAUCUGAAGAACUGAAUUUUAUUAGAUGCAUAAAUUAUGAGGAAAUUACAAAAAAGUGGUGCAUACAAAAUAAUGUAAAUUAUGUUUCAUGAAGAAUGUUUAUCUCGCUUUUUCUUAAGAAAAACCAUUGACACUAACUAUCAAUAACUGCAAAAUACUGAUCAUCAAAUUGAUUCUUGCUGCAACUUUAGGUGCCAUUUUUUUUUUCACUUGCCAUUGCAAACAAAAUGGUCACAGCUUGGAGCACUGGCUUUUGCUGUUUGCAGUGGCUCUUUAUUAAUUUUAUUGAAGGGUUACAGUGACAGAGUGUAAAUGCUUUACUCCAUCUAAUGUUGAAUUUUCAACCACAAUCUUUUGCUUAAAUUGCCUGAAUUUUUGGUACCUUUGAAGUUUUGUGUGAGAGAUUUUGAAAAUUAUAAUAGUAAUGGUUUCAAGUUAUAAUAGAGGAUUUUACUUUGAGCUGGAAAUUCUCUCAGAGGAAUGGAAUGUGCACUUGUACUCUACAUGUAUUUUCUGUUUUUUCAUCUCUAACAUAAUCAUUUAUUUCCUCUCUUAGCUGUGUAAGUUAUGUACCAGAACCAGAGGAUAGCACACUUUUGAAGACAGCACUAAAUAUAUUUAGAAAGUUUGAUCAUCAACCAGAGGCCAUGAAGUUAGCUAUCCAACUAAAUGAUGUGGAGCUCAUCAAAGACAUUUUUGUGUCUUGCACAGGAAGGUACAGUACUAUAAUCCAAUCAUCCGUUACAUUGUAUAUUAUCGUGGUAUGUCCGAGUUUAAAAUAAUUUUGUUGUGAAGUACAUUUGUACAUCAGACGUAAUUUUGAUUGACCAGUGGGAGCAGUUUUUCCUAAGGCGUGAGUUCCUUUGUAAGGAUCCAGAUCAGAAGUAUGAUGCAAGAUCACUCACAUCAUGGUGCAUCAUCAAAGAUACCAACAAAUCCUUUUCCUGAUGGGUCUUAAUAGCAGUUCCUUUAAUGAAUGAAGAGCUAAACUAUGUUGGAUCAUAAUUCCCACUCUGGAUUGCCCCUGAGGAUUUCACCCCAGAUACAUGUAUCCUAAAGUAAAGACAGAAGUCAAUUGUAAAGAAUUAAGCCCAUUUGAGUUUUUUUAGACUGAUUUUGAGGUGGCUGGAUUGUGGAUGAAGCAACCUUUUGCUUGCUUGACUUGAGUUCUCAAAUACGCAAUAAUCCUUUAUGAAUUUUAAAACGUAAGUAUGGCUAAAGUAAACAAAAUCUUUUAGUAAUUCGUUUGGGUAUCCAAAGCUUCUUCACAGCCAAGAUUUCCUUAUUUCCUCCUGCUCAUGGAUUGUUCAUGAGUUAAUUGUCCAAACCAAAAAUGCUUUAAACAUUCAACAUGUGGAUAAGACAAGAGAAACCACAAAGGUUGUUUUCUUCUCUGCUUUUUUUCAGUGAUGACAAAAAAUUAAUACAGAAACAAAUGGCAUUUAUGUUGGCAAGGCAGCAAAUCUACCUGGAACUGGAUGAGAGCAUGGAUGAUUAUGAUGACUUGGCAGAAAUAAUGUCCAAUGCACAUCUGAACAACAACUUUCUUAGCCUCGCUAGGGAGGUAAGAUAAUAUUAUUAUCUUUUGCAUGGGUUCUAAUUUUGAGAAACAGACCAUGACAACUGCAGAAUUAAAAAAUUAAAUUUCUCUUUCCUUUUGAAGCCAGUUUGAUUUGAUAUGAGUCUCAUUUUUUUGAGCAUGUGGGAUCACUUUGUGCUAUAUAAAGGUGAUGUCACACAUGACGAUUUGCUGCAACACUUUUAAGUGCAGUGAAGCUUUGCAAUGUUAGAACAAUGUUGCAACCAUUUAAAACAAUGUCACAACAAUGUUGUAAAUAAUGCCAGGUUUUGCUAAAAAUCAUUGUUUAACAUCACCUUGUAUUGCAGUACUUCUGCUGUCCAGGGAUGUUUAUGUUCAAAAUAGCAAGUAUACAAUGAAGAACACAAGCCGAACCAAACGAAAAACUGUGAUAGGCAUGCUGUAGUGCUCAGAAAUUGUCAAUGUUACAAGACUUUCAGUUCUUUCCUUGUCAUAUCCUUUCAUGGGGUUCCAUUUGAAAACCCUACCAUCGCAUGAUUACCAUGAUUAAACUUUUUUCACAUUAACUGAAUGAUCUCGCUCAACUGAAAUGGAUGUCAAGAACUGUCAACAAAUGUUCUUGGAAAAAAAAAAACAAGUUGAAAACACUUUUCCAUGGUCUAUAGUCUUAUCCGCCCUAAAAACAACGUGAAAAUGUUCAAAAGUUCCAAGUAAAACCACUUGCAUGUGGUUCAUGGUUCACUGUUGACAGUAGUCAGAGUUAUUAUAGGCAGCACUUUCCUUUCAGUCAUUUUAAGACCCUGAGUAUUGCUCCAGAUGAGAAUCAAACUCGCCCCAACUACCUUAAAGUGUGGUACCAGCUGAGCUAACUAUAGCCUUAAGUUAAGUGAAACCCCGUUAAUACGGACACGGGUGGCGGCAUAAAAAGUGUCCUUAUUAACAGGUUGUCCAUAUUAAGCGGCUAAAAUUUAGAGAAAAUGUAAGCGCUUUUCUUCGCCAUGGACAAAGCAAACUGUCUGUGACAAUGAGGUGUCCAUAUGAAUGGAUAAUUUUCUGCUGAAUUUAAGCAUAUUACUCUGAAAAUUGUUACUUUGCUCAACUAAAAUUUGCAUUGAAACUAUCAACCAUGAGAGAGUGAGUCCUGAUGUGUGAAUUUUAUACCUUUUUACAGUUGGAUAUAAUGGAGCCCAAAGUACCUGAAGAUAUUUAUAAAACACAUCUUGAAAACAAAGGUAAUUAUCACCUUGUCACUUGAUAGGCAUUUUUAUUACUAUUUCUUAGAAAAGAUUAUGAUUAUUUGUGUAUUAAGUUCCCAUCCAUUUUCAACAUAAACUGUAAAUACUAUAGUACACUUGCAUGAACAUGGUUUUAUUAGUUUUUAAAUUGAGUGCUUAUAUAACUAAAGUUAUUUUGUGGUGUACUCUUGAAAACCAAACUACAUAAACUAUAAUCCGUGACAUUAGAACUUAAUUUAGGUCAAGUGAAGCAAUAACGUUGCCAUGUUGUGCUCGACCUCCUUUUCCCAGUCUCUUUCAAUGUUGGCCUCGAACUUGGACAAUUCCACUGAAGAAACCAUUACAAAACAACAUUGGAAGAGAAAAAGACAGGUAUCAGAGCAGUAUGACCCAAGUUGAGUGUCCUUGGUUGCAGAAUGAUACUGUGAGUUAGCUUUUAUCAAAAGCUGUAGACUUAGCUUCUGGAGAGAUACAAAAUAAUGUCUAUUUUUUAAUGUGCAGGGGUUUCAAGUGGUGUGGCCCUCGACUCUGCUAGACAAAAUUUAGCUUCUUCAUUCGUGAAUUCGUUUGUUAACGCUGCUUUUGGUACUGACAAGUUAUUGACAGAAGAUGGAAAUAAGUGGAUUUACAAAAACAAAGAGCAUGGUAAGCAAAAGAGACAUUUGAUACAGUGUGGAUAGGAUGGGGAGACCUUCAGGUCAUAGGUUAUAACAUCAACAAAAACAAAAAGCACCGAGUGCAAAAAAGAUAAUUAUGUGCAUAUUAUACUAGAUGCUCCUUUUCUGGCUAGAACGCUGCCACUGUUGCCUUUUUAGUGGCUGAGUACAUUCUUUGAUUGUUGUUUUUUUUUAAGGGAGCUUUGUCAUGCUAUUUGUUAUCUUUUUGAAGAGUUAACACGUUUCUGUUCAUCAAUUGAAUUCCAAAAACAUUGAGCCCGUGUUUUGUUAUUUAAGACUAUUUUUAGGUAUUGAAACUGUUGCUGUGGAUGACAAGGAUACACAUGGAUUGAAACUGGAUAAAAUUGGGCCAAUUUGUCCAAGUUUCAAUGCUAUGGCGGCAAAAAUAAUCUAAAAUUAAUCAUGAUUAGUGCUUCUUGAAGAAUUUUUUUGUGUCUUCUUCAUAGCUCUACACGAGUUGAGGGUAAAGGCACUAAAAUUAAUGUGAUUGAAAAAUAAAUUAAUCGAUAAAUUAAUAAAUAAUGAUUUGGAGGUAGCACAUCCACAAAGUGGUUCUUCGUCUACCUGAUUCCUGGUUGAAUUGGAAUUUGGAAAUGUUGGUUUUUGAGGAGGGGAAAACCGGAGUAGCCGGAGAAAAACCUCUUGGAGCAAAGGAGAGAACCAACAACAAACUCAACCCACAUAUGGCAUUGACGCCGGGAUUUGAACCCGGGCCACUUUGGUGGGAGGCCAGCGCUCUCACCACUGCGCCAUCCCUUGCCCCCAAACUUGAGCACUGAAUUGACCCAAAACAGCGAUAUCCUCUUGACCUGGCCCCUAUGAAUUCUCUGAAUUUGUGCAUUUUAGGCAUGAUGAGUACAACCGCUUCUUUGGGGCUCAUUUUGUUAUGGGAUGUUGAUGCAGGACUCACACAGAUUGACAAAUAUUUAUACUCAACAGAAGACUAUAUUAAGGUAGUGUACGUUAAAAGCAGUAUGUUCAUUUAAAAUCAAGAUCUACUUACCUUACAUUUACGGUAUUGAUUUUUGAUUAAAAUUUAUGAGCUGGGUGUUGAGCACAAAGUAAUAUAUCGGUGUUUUAAGUAUUUUAAAUAAUUUUUCAUUUCACUUCAAAAGACAGGUUUUCUGACUUGUUUCUUUUUCUCUUUUUUUGGUCACGAUCUAAUCAAGCUCCACCUCUACAUGUCUUAUAACUGUUAACAAUACUUCCUGCGUGGGAAGUGCAUUGUUCUUUUGACUUACAGUAGCUCACUUCGUGUUUCGUGGCAUCUAUAAUAAUCAUAGUUUUGAAAGCCAACCACAAAUUGCGUGUGUUAUCCUCAUCCAGAUGCUUGCUUUUAAAACUGUCAAAUUGCUUGCUUCCUGGUUAGCUGUUGCUUUGCUUUAGUUCUUACCUUUUCUUUAGAAUGAUGUUCAUGUUAGUUGGACAGCUACUUAAGUUAAAGCAGAUUAUUGAAUGAGGCUGGGUAGGAUGUGAAGAAUUAAGCAGAUUGAGGAGGAUGUUAUCGGCCGAGGCUGAAUUAGGCCGCGGUGGAUAACACCCUCCGAGAUCUGCAUAAUUCUUUACAUCAUACGAAAGCCUAAUUCAAUAAUCGUUUUAUUAUUCAUUCAAAAUAUUUUAAAGGUCUUAACAAGCUUAUCUCCUCGUAGACUUUUAUUAUUUUAUUAUUGUGUUUACAUUAUAAUAUUACUUACCUUAUAUUGGGUUUUCGUACACUAAGUGUCUAUUCUUGUCAGGCUGGUGCGCUAUUGGCUUGUGGUAUUGUGAACUCUGGAGUGAAGAAUGAAUGUGACCCAGCCCUUGCUUUGCUAUCAGACUAUGUUCUACACAAUAAUAAUAUCAUGAGACUUGGAUCUGUCGUUGGGUAAGUGAAUAUCCUUGGUUUGUAAUCAUCGUAUAUGCAUGAUCUGUUUUUAGUAAUUCUUAUCGAUUGCCCGCUACGACUUGAAUUAGCACCUCUACAUGUACCUUGCUUUCAAGAGUCCCGGAUCUGAUUAUUGGGCUGGCUGUGGCAAAUGCCAACCUAGUUAGUAAUUGAUCCGGAAGAAGGAAAAAACACUUUUUUUCAGAUUGACCUGGAGAGAGAUGAGUUAAAUUGUUUUUGCUCCAACGAGUCCUUUGUAGUUCAGUAGUAGAGCAUCUGCUCCAGUAAAUAGAAGGUCAUAGGUUUGACUCCUGUUGGGUGAAAUCAGAUUCAUUUUUGUCCGUGUCACUGACAGAAAAAAUAGUGUCGUUACUUUUUUUUACUUUUUUUUUUUUUCCUAGGCUUGGUCUAGCGUAUGCAGGUUCUAACAGACAAGACGUGUUGUCUCUAAUUCUUCCUGUUCUAGCUGAUCCAAAGUCAAACUUAGAGGUGAGGAUAUUUAGUUUUACAUUCAUAGCUGGUCGGGAUCUUUUAUAAAAUAAUCACACUGUUUUUCAGGUCAUCGGUAUGGCAGCAAUCGCUUGCGGUUUGGUUGCCAUAGGAACAUGUAAUGGUGAUGUGACGUCAACCAUUCUUCAGACAAUGAUGGAACGAUCGGAGGCGGAAGUCAAAGAAACGAACUCUCGUAACUUGGCAUUAGGACUUGGGCUGACCUUCCUGGGUAAGAUGCAUGUUUGAUUGAAGGCAAAGCUGAGAAGUAACAUUUCUUCAACACAUCAACCCAUUCACACCUGAACUGCUCGUAACCACCCUUGUCGACUUCUUUUGUCCCGCUAGUUACGUUGUUUGAAAAAUCUUACACAACUUUGGCACGCAACUUCUGCUAUGGGGAAGAGAUUAUUCAAUUUCAAACCCUACCCGAAUAAGCAUGAUUCAAUCAGACAGGCCUUAAAAAGGGCAGGAAAAAAAAAUGCAAAGUACUGCCUUUAAAACAAUUUCAUGAUCAAUGGGUUCUUCGCGAAAACGUUUCCUAUCGAAAUGAAACAAAUUAAAUCCCCAGCAAAGAAAACGUAAGGAGAAAGAGAAGGAGAAGAGGCGGGAAGGUGAGAAGGCGCAGUUAAAAAUCUAGGAGGCAGUGUCACUUUUACAUCUCGAAACUUGGCCUUCCGCGCAUGUAAUUUAGCAUCAGGAACAGAGGGCAGCGAAGUACUGGACUCUCCCGCGGCAGGUAAGCUCAGUCAGUUGAGUGCUUGACUGUAGAACGGUUUCGAUUCCCGGGGCCGGACAGAUACUCAAGGUCUUGAGAUUAUUGAGAAAUGAAGGUACAGCCUUUGUCCUGCAAACUUCGAGACUGUAAAUAACGUUUUCGGGCUUUUUUGGUUCAUUUUUGUCCAGAUAGUGACCAGAAAACGGCUCGAAUAGCUUCAAACGCAGCUCUUGCGGCGAAGGAGAAAUUUUAUGGUCACUGAUAGCAUCGCGUUUCUAAAUCCUUUCUGUUUCGAGUUUAGGAUUAAAUGUAAUUCGCUAGUACGCAUUGUUUCUGAGUUUGUCACUGCCCUUGACGUUUCAGUUGAAGCUCUUGGUUUGUGUUUUCAGGGAAACAAGAAGCAGCAGAAGCUACACUAGAGGCUCUGAAAGUCGUUCCUGAACCGCUUGGAAAGUGGGCUUCUAUCUUGGUGGAAAUCUGUGCUUACGCUGGUAAAUUUCACCCAUUUAAGUUGUUUUGAAAAAUCGAUAAAUUGUACACAAAUUGUUGAAUUGACUAACUUACUUGUGGAGGAAAGUUUCAUAAUUCAUAACACAGGAGAACGUUUUAACUGUUUUGUUUGUUUGUUUGUUUGUUUGUUUUUUAAAGUUAACGUGGAGCCUAUUUUAAGGACCCUCAAAACUGAACCAUUAUAAUUCACUUUCCAAGUUCAGGGUCAGAUUGUAACUUUGUUUCGGGUGUGUCCUCCUAGCAUGCGUAGCAAGCGUCAGCAAAGAAAGACCGAGGAACGGGAUUUUCGGUUCUGGCCGCGCGAAAAACUCGUUCCUCGUUCCUUGCUCCGAAACCAAACGGAAACGCCAAAUUUGUAAGUCACUGUUGUUUGAAGGUACUGGAAACGUUCUGAAAAUCCAAGAGAUGCUACACAUCUGCAGUGAACACUUUGAACAGAAGGACGAAGAAGAGAAGGAGAAAGAUUCCAAAGAUAAAGACAAAGAUAAAGAUAAGAAGGCUGAGAAGUCAGAUGAUGGCAGUCAUCAGGGUGUGGCAGUGUUAGGUAUCGCUUUAAUGGCCAUGGGUGAGGAGAUUGGUGCUCAGAUGGUGCUCAGAACAUGUAAUCAUUUGGUAUGUGUCCAGGACAAGUCACCCUUUAAAACUUUUCUAUCGUCUUAUUUUGCUUGUCAAAAACAACAACAAUCAUAAAACGUCUCAUACCUCUCUUUUGCGCACCAAUUCAAGCUCUGUUGGAUUGUUGAUAGUAUUCUUUGACCUUAUUAAACUUUAAUAAGGUCAAAGAAUACUAUCAGCAAGGGACGCAGGGCCAUAAAAGCGUAUUUUAAACUUCGUGGGCAGUGAGGUGAAAGGAAGUGCGAUUUUUUCAGUCUUUUGUUUGCUGUUCCCUUUCAGUGAUUCGAUCGUCAUCUGAAAAUUGUCUUUGUAUAGAUUUAAAUCACACAAGUAAACAGCGCGUUCAUAUUAGAGAACUUACGCACCAAGCGCGAGAAUUUUGCUUGAAAAGAGCAAUAAAUUAUAUCAGCAAGGGUCGAGGGCAUAGAACCGUGUUUUAAACUUCGUGGGCAGUGAGGUGAAAGGAGGUGCGAUUUUUUCAGUCUUUUGUUUGCUGUUCCUUUUCAAUAUAUUAAUUAAUGAAAAUGAGCUUUCUUUUGUUUGAUUUAAAUCACACAAGUAAACAGCGCGUUCAUAUUAGAGAAGUUACGCUCCAAGCGCGAGAAUUUUGCUUGAAGAGAGCAAUAAAUUAUAUCAGUUUAAAAGGGUCGGGGGCACAGAACCGUGUUUUAAGCCUCGCUGGCAGUGAGGUGGAAGGUGUUAUUUUGUUCCUUUAUUGUUUACUUACGCUCUUCAAUGCAUUCAAUGGGAUGUGAUUUUUAUUCAAAGAAGUUAAUUCUUGUUCAAACAAACGACUGUAAAAUAUAACCGUCAUUUACAUGAAGAAUAAACUUUCCUGGCGCAGAAUUCAAACAGUGCCAACUCGGCAACAGAAUAUAAGCGGGCUGUUAAAACCACUGAUCAGAGCGCCGCGAUCAAACCACCUGAAUUGUAAGUUCUCGGCUCCUUCGAUUCAAUCCGUGGUUAAAGUUCCUUAUAAUUGUUACUACGAUGUUUACCAUAAAAAAUGAAGUAUGUUUUCUUAAAAUUUGCAGCCAGUACGCGAAGCGCAAAAUAAACAAUACAGUUCGGGUUUGUUCGUCUCAAAUCUCGUCUGUUCGGCACUUGCCUCACCCCUCACUACUGCGUCGUCCGUUUCGCCAGUCAACUAACAGUCCUACCCACCCCCUAAGGGGAAAUUGCUCCAUACUUCGGUACCGCCGAAAAUUCAAAUCUCAUCGGAAAGAAGUAAUCGGUAAUGUUGAAAUUUGCCGUGCGAAAAAGCUAUUGUUUCACGUUGAUCGUUUUUGUCCUUAAAAGGCAAGAAACGAUCAAAAAUAGCAAUACAAAACAAUACCCAUUGUGCUCGAAUUCAGGUCGCUUUUCUUGAUACGAAAAUACAUUUAUCGUAACAGCUACCACUCUAAAAAAACGAGAAUUUCAGACGAGAAACACCGCCGUUAUUAUAAGGUGGACUGGCUUGACGAUUUCUUUCUCUCGUCUCCAAUUUCCUCGCUUUUCGUCGCGUUGGCCAGCGUUAUUUAAUGCCUCAUUCAGUUUUUCUUCUAAAGUUGCGUACGUUUUUUAAAACAGUAACGGGUAACGAAUCCUUGUUAUUAGGUCGGUAGCGGCUUGAAAUGUCAUCAUCUGACUAACAAACCUGAGGCCGACGGUGCACUCAUUAUACGGGUAUUUUAAGAUACUUAAAGUUGCGUGGAAAGGAAGAAAGUCGAAGCAAGGAUUUGAGGUGACACUAGGGAAUCGAACUCUUCUCGGAACCUCUCGCAAAGAGAAGGUUUUUUGUUUUGCCUUCAUGGAGGUUUAUUAAGUGCCGCUCUGUAACAGUGUUGUUGUUGUCUUGCUUCAGCUGCAGUACGGUGAACCGGUGAUACGCCGUGCAGUUCCAUUGGCUCUGGCCCUCCUUUCAGCUUCUAAUCCUCAACUAAGUAUCAUCGAUACUCUCAGUAAGCUGUCUCAUGACAACGAUGCCGAAGUGGCACAUAACUCUAUCUUCGCCAUGGGAAUUGUAGGAGCAGGUACGUUUGUUACUGUAGCUUUAUUGUCGGGGAGUGAGAGGAGGAACUCCAGGAAAGUCUCAGUGGGUAUACUCCACAAAAUCUUACCCAAUUGCACACUUGAACCACUGUUUCUAAGAGUGAUAGAGGGAUUUUCGUAUGACCUUGAAAUCGCGCCAACAAAACAGAAACAAACGAGCGGAAAUAAAGCGAUUUGAUUGGUUUAUCGAACGGAUACAAACGCGCGUGGCUUUUGGUUGGUUAAGCGAACGUUCGGGUGAAAAAACUUCACGCCCGAGAACUUUCUAGAAAUCAAUCGAUACUUCUCUUUGACGUCAUACUUGAACACAAAAGGCCAAUCGAACAAUGCCUUCUCCAUAUUAGCGUUUCUUUGGUGGGAAAACGAAGAGGCCAUGUUUUGAUCUUUUCAUCCAUUGGCUGAUAAAACAAAUGACGAACACUCACCAAAACCACUUUUCAAGGACAUGCGAAAAUCGCUCUAAACAAAUAACCAGUUCAAGAAUCUGGCUCAAAGCGCAAAACCUUACCCCAUUUCAGACCAAAAAAUGGCUAAAAUCUAUACACCCAACCUCAGACUAAAUAAACCAUACCCUACCUUAUAUAGGGGACUUUCCCCCGCGCUCUAGUCUAGAUUCAUUUUGUGGUUAACGAAUCACUAAUGAUCAAACCCCAAAGAAACCAAAAACAGAAAAUUUUGUAUCUCCAAAGUAAGACUAAACUGCAGUAAAAAAAUAGAAUAACCCAAUUCCUGCCAAACGGUCUUUACCUCACUGAGUUGUAGGAUCGAGUUUUAACAUGCAUCAAUAUUGUGUCCAAGGUAAAUUUCGUGUUCAUCUUCGUUGAUAGUACUCUUUGAGCUUGACCUUCUCUUUUCAAAAACUAUUUAACUUACAGUAUAAACGUAGUGUGGCUCGUGACAGUGAAUCUCAAGGAGAACGGGCAUAACCGAAGAUAUUAAUUUAGAUUGCGAGCAGUCUCUUAUUUUUUUUUUGAGUCACAGUAGAUCGAGAGCGCGUGUGAGGGGCCGCGAGGAACGAGGGCGGAAGCCCGAGCGAAGAAAAAUUAAUAUCUCCUCCUUUUUUUCGCUUGCCGUGCGUGGCUCUGAGGAAAGAAAGACGACCGCUUGCGGUCUAAUGUUAAUUAUGUACAGCUAUAAAAUCUGAGUUGUACAGUGCACUUGCGUCCAGAGUUCAGAUGAUCUUUAUGUGUUACCUGGGAAUACAUAUUUUCGCAGACAAAUGAUGCAAGUUGUUCUGUAAAUUUAUUGUGCACAGGUACCAAUAAUGCCAGACUUGGUGGAAUGUUACGGCAGCUGGCCAUGUACUACCACAAGGAUGCUAACAAUCUGUUCAUGGUGCGACUUGCACAGGUCAGAAGGGGUUAAUUUUUAAUAGACUUUUCACAGUCCCUUAUUUUUCCGUAAGAUCGUCGAGAUCGAAAACUUUGCGUUCCGGGGGGCCAUCUUGGAUGAGUGUCAAAUCUACUGAUGAAACCAAGAUGGCCGCCCGUACGAUAAGCGCUUGAUCCUGACGAUCUGACGAAACAAUAGGGAAUUGUGGACAGCGUAAUUAAAAAAAACUUAGAUAAACACAGUUGAGUGUGUUGGUGCAGCAUCGGUUGGGCGUUUAAACCCUGAAGUUGAAAUUUGCAUACACCGCAGUAAUUGUCCAUCCUUACACAAUCAAAAACAUCCGCAUCUACGAACUAUUUCAGCGCGCUCCUAACACUUGCAAUGCUCCGUGCUGAAGUCCCAAGGAGAUUUAAAAGCUUAAGCAACCACGACGGCGACGGUGACGGCGACGGCGACGGCAGCGAAAGUGUAUUCCCGUUAUUUCACGCUUCAUCCCCGGCGAUUAUUCCAACUCGCGGCACAAUUUGUCAAAUGCUGGUGGAUGUUCCUAAAGCGGUGUUUAAGUCCUCUACUAAACGUCACGCAAGAGAAUUUGACAUUUUAGUCGUCCUGUGACGGCCAGGAAAUGUUCCAGAAAGUGUGAUGUACGUGCAGAACUGUUGUUUUUCCUAUAAAACCUGUUGCUUUUUCAUGUUCCCGUUGCCGUCGCUGUAAUGUUUGCUUUCACUUCUCUAUCACAACUCUUCCAAUAUCAGCAACUACAUAAAUGGGAAUUUGUGAAAUAUGACCAACUUUGCUACACGGCAACUUCCGUUAGUGCCUUUGCAUGGUGGCUGUGGGAAAAGAUUUCUGGACCAACAAUUUCUUUUUGCUGUUUAUCGUCAGGGCUUAGUUCAUCUUGGUAAAGGAACCCUUACACUUGGUCCUUAUCACUGUGACCGUUCCCUAAUGAUGCCAGUAGCUGUAGGUGGCCUCUUGUCUGUUCUCGUGUCAUUCUUGGAUGUCAAAAAUGGUAAGUUACUCGUCUCGUUCCUAAUAGGCCCUUUCUAGAGCUUGGUCACGUGCUUGGAUACCGCAAAGCAACGGCUCGCUCGAUGGCAAGCCAUCCAGGCGUUCAAUCCGAUCACAAAGCUUAGUGUGCGAUCGAGCAACGCAUUCCUAGUUUAAUUAUUGCGUGGAAAAUUAAUCAAAAUGACUGGACUAGAAGAGUUUAAAGGCGUCAUUGAAUUAACCUUGGAAGGUUUUGCCCGAUCGCGCUCAAAGUUUUGUAAUCUUAAUGAACGCUUGUGUUAUCCAAUUACAUGACCAGGUUCUGCAAAGGGCAAAUUAAGGUGGUACUCUAUGGGUAACCGUUUAGUGCGCUUUUAACCGUUCUCGGAGUCAAUUCGAACAGAAAGAAUAUUGAGAUUUCACUUUUCAUUGCUGAUGUCUGAAACGUCUUAACGAUACAAUCUAAGUUGCUCUUGCACACUUGUAUUUUUCUUACUUUCGAUCAUCGAAUUAAAAGUCUUCUGGAGACCAUAAUUAUUAUCAUAAACUUCCAGUAAAACGGGGGUACCUCAUGACUGGCAGUGCGCAAAAAAAAACUUUUAACACAUCACGAGAAUCUCAGGCCACUGAAAUGGAGCGAUAAUUUGAAGUUUCGUCAACUUUUCAUACUCUGGCUGGUCACUUGAUUCAUAAAAUGCGUAUCAUUGCUUCUUUAAUUAUCCAAGAAUUCUGCUUGCCAGAAAGAGUAAUUUCAAUCACUUUCUAACCUAAGUAACCUAAGUUCUUCUUUCCACGCCCAGCUGGGCUUAAAUUGAGAGCCUCACCGAGUGUUUGCGAGACGUGUAUCUCCAGUCGAACCGAACUAUUCUCACUGUAUGUUUUUCCUGUCUUCAGUUAUCCUCGGCAAAUCGCAUUAUGUCCUGUUUAACUUGGUGUCAGCCAUGCAGCCCAGAAUGUUGGUCACAUUUGACACGGACCUGCGACCUUUACCAGUUUCUGUUAGGGUUGGACAGGUAAGUGGUAGGCCUAUGGUGAAAGACGCCUAAAAACAGGGGGGGGGGGGUCCACUUUUCAAGAUGCGGCGCCAGGACACUAAGAUAGCCUACGAGCAGGUUCACUUUCCCUGGCGCGCUGACGUACAAGUGAGUCUGCUCACAGGCUGGGUACCAGGAUGACUGGUGUUAUCUGAAACGUUGAGGCUCCCGACGUUAGAACGAAACCAGUGUUUGUCUCGACAAAAAAGCUCUUUCGUUACGGCGAAUAUGCUUUUCUUAUUUUGCUCGGAUAACACAGAACGACGCAAACAAAGAAGAAAAUUAAGCAGUUAUGUUCGAUGGAUGAGCGCGAUUAUCCUAUCGUUGGCCAUUAAUUUCAUAAAUAACAGCGUGUACAUAUGGUCACAAUUUUGGGCGCCCCAUGUGAUGCUCCCAGAUUUUUUCGGUUUCGCUUAACUUCUUUGGCAAAGGUGAAUGGGAAGUGUGUUUUUCUUCCUUUAUUCCCUGUAUGCGAGUCUGUGUUGCAGCUCAUGACAAUGACCUUUACCCCGCUCAUAGAAAAUUGCACGUUUGACACUCUUUCACCCCCACACCCAACCCCAAGAUCGCAGGCUAGGUAGCUCUCUCCCAACGAAAGGAACUGUGCUGCAAAAGUUAGGCAAAUUGAGCCUGGUGUUACCUGGUCGCCCGUUUGAGUGAAACCUGAAAAUAGUUGGGAGGAAUAUUUUGAUAUAACACAGCAAGGGCAAAAUAAGGCAUGGAUAGGCCAGGAUAUGAUAGCAAAUAAAUUUCAGCCUAAGAGUUUCUCAAAGUUCAUCUCUCUUGAUUGAAAUUUUAGUUAAGUCGUUCUAGGUACAAAUUUCUUCUUCACAAAGCUAUGAUUUUUUUUUAUUUACAAGUAAUACCUUCUUGAACGUUAAGCUCUUUUCCGAGUAAAGGCGAGAAAACAACAACAACAACGAGGGUUGCUUCUGCGUAACGGAACGUUUUAUUCCAGGUACUGGUUUUGAACCUCAUGACAAGGCGAUCGUGUUUGGUAGAAUUUGCGGUCAUUUUUCGUAGAGUUUGCUAACCUGAGAAAACAACUUACAUUUCGCGAAGCCACCACUGCUUUCACCGCGAAACGACGUCUGAGGAAUGAGCGCAAAAAUUUUAUGCUGGUUGAAGCAUUCCAUUCCAUGAUUGGUUGAUGCAAAUUCCUCAUUUGCUGUCAUUGCCAAAUUGGUGUUUUUUUCCCAGACAUCAUUUUUGGGGGCAAUCAGUGCUGGCGUCGCGAAAUGUUGGAUGUUUUCUCAGGCUAAGCGGAGGAUGGACGCUUUUGUGCUUGUACACCAGCUUGGUCGACGUGACGUCAGUUGAAAACAAGCAAUAACAAUUAGUUGGACGCUUUGUUCUAUUUACAUACAUUGACACUUGAUAGAGGAUUUUAUUUGACAUCCGUUGGUGCCAUUUCAUUGUAGGCAGUCGAUGUUGUUGGUCAAGCAGGAAAGCCAAAGACAAUAACAGGAUUUCAGACUCACACUACCCCAGUACUGCUGGCGUACGGAGAAAGAGCUGAGCUUGCAACUGAAGAAUGUAUCCUUUAUAUAUACUAUUUGCACAUUAUUUUUCAUCCCUUGGUUACUGAGUUUUCAUUGAUCUUAAUGCUAACAUUGUUGGAUUUUUUGUUGUAGAAGCAGUUCAAGUUGUCCCUUUGAACCACUAAAUCUGGUCCCUAAUUUUAUUCUUAGUCUUAAAUCCUCCAUCAUUUAAAAUCUUAUUCUUCACGUAUUGAUUCCUUUCUUUCAGAGAAUCUCUAUUUAAGUUAGCGCUUCGAUAUUGAGUACAGUGAAAAAGUGAACGCGAUAACAAGUUUGUAAUUUGUUUUUCUUAAAUAAGGCUGUUAUUCUCCCUUAACCUUCAAUUAACAGAUAUUUCCCUUGCGCCAAUUAUGGAGGGUUUCGUCAUCUUAAAAAAGAACCCUGAAUACGAGAAAUCAGAGUCUUGAGGUUGUGAAGAACAUCAAGUCUGUAAAUACGCUGCGCACUUGUCUCGAUACUAACCACCGUACCGUCUUUCUUGGACUGGAUCGCCUUGUUUCGGAGUAGUUAAAAACUAAAACUUCUUUUAGUUCUCAUGUAGGGAGAUUUGAAACCGAGUGUUACCGAGACAAGACCUAAUGUUUUAGCAAAUAAAAUUCUUUACAAU